AUGGCUCCGUCGCCGAGUCCCAGCCCGGCUCCUACAGCUGCGAAAGUACCAAGCUCACGCCCGUCACUCGAGAUGACAGCCGACUUCACUGACCAGUCUUUUGAUCCCGCCGAGUACCUCAACAAUGCUCUUCCUGCGCUGACGCUGGCAUCAUCUCAAACGAACCUCUCGCGGGGUCCUGCGGGGGCCGUCCCCCUGCCCGAACUGUCCACACAAGUCCAGUCCGUCCUUUCACAGAUAAAUGCGCAGAAUGCUCGACAUUCCACAGCCCUCACACAAUUGACCGAUGAGAUUUUACGAAGCGGGGGUCGAUUAGCUUACGAAGUUGAAUUGCUGCGUGGAGAAACUAUUGGACUUUCGGACACCUUGACGGACGCACUACGGGGUGAUAUUGAGAGGUUUGUCCCGGGCGCUGUCGACAAUGACAAGAAUUCUGGUGUUGAGGGAUCGGGAGAUACUGGAGAACAGGGAGAGCGAGAGGAGACAGUCACUGUGCAGGACCCUGAUUAUAUCACCAAACUACGAACGCUGAACCAAGUCCGGGCACGGCUGGAAGAAGUGGUGCAGACUUUCGGAGAUGCCAUGGAAUGGCCCCUCCCGCCAUCGGAGACGUCUAUAACAUCAUCUUUUAUUUCGGUGUCGGCCCCAGAACCGGGGCCUGAAAGCCACAGUCGUGAGGAGAAGGGCCAAGAGGUGGCUAAGAAGCUGCGAAAGGAAGUGACCGAGCUUCUAGAUAGCAAUGGUGGCGGGCAGGAGGGGAUUGACGCUGCCUCACAACGUGUUGAGUCGCUACGUACAUUGGCACUUGUCUGGAAGGGCACGGCGGAGGAGAAGGCCCGAACUCGGUUCGUAGACAGCCUGGCUAAAAUCGUGGAGGACCGUCGCAAGGCCCUAGACAAUCAGGGCCGAACCGAUCAGUUCCAGCAGCCGUCCGGAUCGUCUACGAAGGGACCAACAACGGGCCAUCGGCGGCAAGAAAGCGAAGGACCGGGGGGUGGCAUCUUCCGCAAUCUGCAACGGCUACGUGAAGAGAUAUACCUGGAAUAA